AUGGUAUUUGAAACUCAUGAUGUACUUAAAUAUUUAACCGACAUGGAAACUAAUUUGAACAUUGGCAAAGCAACAACCACAACAACAAGAUCCCCAUUACAUGAGUUAUUUACUACUACGAAUAGUAAGAAUAAUUCACAAGAGGAUCGAUUAUUACGUCAUAAAUUAUGCAAUACAGAUCAGUUCUAUUACAGGCAAACUAUAGAAUCUAUGGAUCCAAAUUUGAUUCAAUCCACAAAUGAAUAUACUCAUUUACCAGAUCAUUUAAAGAUGAUUAUAAAUAAAACAUGGAAAACAUAUUAUGAUCAAGAGAAUAAUGAAAAUCAUAUACCGAAUCUAACAAAAACAUCAGCUGUAUGUACAUGUCAAGCGAAUAUAUUAAUGAAUGAUUCAAUAUAUUUCCCUAAAUGUUCAACAACAACAACAACAAGUCAUGAGUCAAGUUUAGAAAUCAAUCAAUUGAUGAAGAAGAUACCAAAAAUGACGAAAUUACGACCAAGACCAUUAUUAAGACAAAAAGAAAAUGAUGAACAUUAUAUGACAUCAUCAUUAUCAAAUAGUAUUGUGAUUACUUCAAAGACAGUCACUAGUUCUAAUGAAUUACAAUCUAUCACUAAUACACAUAGACCAAUGCAAGUACAUAUGCGUUAUCCAAUACCACGUAAACAAGAUGCUAUUUAUAAUGCAAGAUAUAAAACGCAACCAUGUUUACAUUAUCAAAAAUAUAAACAUUGUCCACUUGGUGAUAAUUGUCAUUUUGCUCAUGGUCCAGAUGAAUUAAAAUAUCCACAAUUUCAUCCAAAAUAUCGUACUAGAAUAUGUAUUAAUUAUGCUAAUAAUGGUCAUUGUCCAUUUGGUAGUAAUUGUUAUUUUUUACAUUUUACACCACCACCAAUCACAACAACCACCACAACAGCAACAGUAACAACUGAGAACCAUAUUAAUCAUAAUCUGAAUAGAACAGCUACUAGUUAUUGGGAUAUUGAUCAUUUUAUACAAGAUGAUAGUACUAUUAGUACUAUUAGUAGUAAUAGUAAUAGUCAUAUGGAUACAAUGUCAUUAUGUUCAAAUUUAAGGCGAGUUACUAUUUAA